AUGGCGGAUGUCGAAGUUCGUGUGAGACAUACUUGCCGGGAAUGUGGCAAAAGUUAUAACAAGAAAUCGAGGCUUGAGGAGCAUAUAAGGUCCCACACUGGCGAGGUAAGUAAAUGAUGCAAUUUAGGCUUUGUAUAAUUCAAGUGGUCAGAAAGCACGAUUCACGGGUUGCGUGGGAGGUGCGUUCAGGUACGUUCUGGUUCGUCAUUGUAGAUGCAUGCUUCUUUGUAAGGGGGUUGAAAUAUUUCUCUGUUAGUUUAAACUUCUAAAAUGUCACUAUAUUUUCUAUGGAAUAAACUCGGAGCAACUUCAAAGUACCCGGUCAAACGGGUGUUUUAUACCAUGAAAACUAUUUUUCUGGCGGGUUUUAGUUACUCUUAUUGCUACCACGGUCCGCAAAAAUAAAAUGUAUUACGCUGAAAAUUUCACCCUUUUUGGUGGAGAUUUAUAGGUAAUGAAAUAACCUAAUAAAAUAAACUUGUUGCACUUCGUGUUGGUUUUUGCAACUUCAGGAUACACUGUCAGUAUUGAAGUAAUUUUUGAAUUGAUUUCCAGUUGUUUUCUUCAAAAUAAUAAAUAAUGAUUGAAGCAUUCGCUAUACAUUGAUCCUACGUUCUAAUCUUAGCCAUGUGACAACUCUUGGCUGCAUGGCUAACAAGCCACUUCCCAGGACAUUUAGUUUGUCUUGGUAGGGUCUAGAAAAUGUCUACAAGAUCUUUGGUAGACCUAAGACGGACAAAUUUAGACCUGGCUGUUUCAUACAGGAUGAUGAACAAAAUCUUGCAUAUGUUUGUCUUGUUCACAGCCAAACUAUACUUUAGGUGAUCGAAGUUGUUGUGCAGUUUCAGAGAUUCCAACCCUCCCGUUUUGGCUGGCUGGAAACCUCCCAUUUCGGGCGUCCUGUUUUUGCUUAAUACUCUCCCAGUUUUUGAAACUCCACCUUUCUUUGUUUAACCAGUCUUUUUAGUGUGAUUUGGUUUCUCAGCCAUUUCUACCUUUUUGGCAUCUGAGCGUGAGCCUGUGAUAAUUUUGGGCAUGGUUAUGCACUGGAUUGCCUCAACUUUGUAUAAGGUUUAUGUUCAUUAAUUUUGUGGUCUGCGGGAAUAACAUCUUAGAGGCACACACAGCUGUAUCUUAGAAGUGCUUUUAGCACUUGUAGGUGCAGCUAUGCCACUCUAAAAACCUCCCUUUUUUAGUUGAGUUGUGUUGAAACAACUUUGUAUUGACACAGCCAGUUUCCUUCAUGUGGCUACACUAUCUUUCAUGCCAUUUAACUUAGGAGCCGCUGUGUUUUGUACAGCUGUACAAACAUGUUACAGAGACUACAGCAUCAAUUUUCUUGUUUAUUUAUUUAUAAACUUCACCAAGAGGCCUGGAUCACUCACAGAGCAACCUCCACUACACGUUCCAGAGGAAAAAAAAAAAAGAAAAUUAGCAAUACAACUAACAAGAAUGACAAUACUAAGAAACAACAAAAAGAGGAAUGCCAAUGCAAAAACAGAAUUUGGGAGGACAUCGAUAAAAAAUCAACAACACAUACAAUCGAGCAAGCUGUUCAAUGGCUGACUAGUGUGGCACUUAAUACACACACUUCUAAAAAUAUCAAUUUACAUCACAGAAAAGGUUAUGAGAGUUACUGAAAAGAUCAUCUAAGGAAAAUGCUUUCAAACUGAUCUUUGAGUAAAUGCUCUUAACAAAUUUUCCAAGGAAAUUUAGAGAUAAUAUCAGCUCACAGAAUUUUGUUUUGAGACAUAAAGCAAAAGGGUUCAGCUACUUAAUCACAAGAAAGAAAGGAGUAAAAAAUCUCUGGAUUAUAUCCAGUAACUAAGAUACUAACCCCUUACUGACUUUAUUAUUGUCCAUUAUUAUCCAAGACCAUGAUAAUAAUAAUGAUAGUAAUAAUAAUUAUAACAGUUUUAUUUAUCACUAGAUCUACCAUACACAUUUUAUUAUCUUCUUUUUAUGUCUUUUUUUUCUAUAUUUGGUAUGAUUUAUUAAUAUCAUCAUUAUUAGUUUGUUGUAAAGUGAUACAAACAACUAGUGGAUGUGUGUGCUAUAUAGAAGUGUUUUAUUAAAUACAUUUACUGUUACUAUUAUCAUUAUUCGAUGAACUAGCCAAAUUUUCAACAGUACACUGUUAAACUACAUGUUUUAGCUUUCAAAACAAACUCUUGGACAACCAAGACUUUUCUGUUCUCAGUAGUGUUUUUGUUUUUCCUUUUUUGUUUGUGGCAAUACCUGUACAACAGUGAUACAUGCAAUACUGUAAUGAGCUAAGUGUAGUGGACUACAUAAAUGAAGAUUACUUACUUACUUAAUUACUUUAGACAGUUACAUGUCUAGAAAGCCUAUUGUCCCAUGACUUUAACUUUUUAAUCUGUGGAUAAAAUCCUAUGGGAUUACCAUACAAUGAUAUUGAAAGCUCUUCGGUGGAAUGUUUCCGAAGCCCUAUGUAUUGCUAUGACUUUAACAAGAAGAAAUUUUUUUAUUUCUAUUUUAAUUGUUAUUAAUUUAUUGUAAAAGGUUUCAGAAUAUUCUUGUACAUGUAACAGUGGAAUCGACAGGUUCAUUAUCACUUUUGUCCAAUAACAUACAUGUAGUUAUUCAAACUUUUUUUCUUUUCCUUGCAGAGGCCAUACAAGUGUAAAUUUGAAGGCUGUGAUAAAUGUUUCUUCAGGCCAUACCAUCUGAAACGUCAUGCAGCUAUCCACUCAGGAGAGCAGGGUUCAUUUAAGUAUGGUGCAUUUUGUUAACUUUUCGUAAAAAGAUUAAAAAGAAGUGAUUUUUUUAAACCUUUGGCCAUAAAAACUGCUGUAAAAGAAAGCAAUUUUGAAAAACAUUAAAAAAAACACACACAGUAAUGUUUCGACUUUCUCAGGCAUCAUUAAAAAAAUUAGAAAGUGGUGUAUGUGUGUUCUAAAAUCAAUGUAUAAAUUAUACAAGAAAAAAACACUACAUGUUGGAGAUCAUUAAAAGAGAAGUAACAUACUAUUUUACAAGUGAAACAAAGAGUUUCACACCAGUGGAGUCAUUCUGCAUUUAUCACAUUUAAAAAUAAUGUCACUUAAUAAUGUUAUUGACUGCUUUGUUUGUCUUGCUUGUUUAAAAUGUAUGAUCACCAGAUGCUCCCAUCCUGGGUGUACAAAAACCUUUUCUGAGAAGCAAAACUGGAAAAGACAUGAGCAGAGGUCUCACAAUCAUCCAUUCAAGGUAUAAGAUGCUACUAAAUGUUAAUAGUUAAGGGAUAUUAAGAUCCAACCACGGCAAUGGCAGCAAGACCGUCAAAAAACUAAAAGGUAACUUAAUAAGAAAAAAACAAAUUUGAGAUCUCCCAAGUCUCAUCAUUCUUCUGCGAGUCUCACAGUUUCUUUUUUCACUUUUCUCAAAGCCUUACAACAAAACUCCCAAUUUCACAUUUUUUCGGCAAAUAUAAUAAUUAUGUUAAGAGCUAAUUCACCCAAUUAAAAAAGGUUUGUUUAAUUGUCAGUGGGAAAAAAUAGAAUCUCACUUUUUGUAGAAUCUCCAGAUUUUUUUUUACAUGAGUCUCCAGAUUUUUCUUUAUCAGGGGUUGACAGGUCUGAACUUUACACGAGCAAGACACCUUUUUCUACAUUUUAAUUCUUUGCUGUUGCUUAAUCUUUAGUACAAUGUGAAAAUGUCUAAUUUUGCAUGUAAUUGUACUACAUGUAUGGAGGAGGCAAACAAUAAGCCUUGGUGAAAUUUCCCUUCUUUUUCUGAACUUGGAUAUGGUUCUGAAAAUCUCAUAUCAUCUCCAGGAGAGUUCACCUUCAUUUGACAAAGUAAAUGAGUUAGAGUAUUUGUGAUGAAAAUUAAAAGAAAGCAAACUCACUUUUUAAGCGACGUUGUUGCUGCUGUCACCAUCCUUGGAUCAUAACAUUCCUAAUUCAGUGGAGCCUCUACGUAAUGAAGGGCCAAGGGACUGGCAAUUAAAAUAUCUUUGCUAUAACAAGGUUUUGUUAUAGGUUCUUUUCUAUACAUUUUCUAUUACUGAGAUGUAAAAAAUAGUUCGUUAUACCAAUCGAGGACUUUAUUAUAAUAGAAUUUUGUUAUAUCGAGGUUCCACUGCAUUAUUGUUAAAAACAUGUUACAGUACAUUAAGAUGGUGUUUAGUCAAGUUCAGUGAUAUACGAUGAAGAAAACUACAAUCUUUACCUUCUGUACGUUUUACUUUUUAUACUUUCUAUUUUUUAAAAUGGGCAUAAAGGCCUUCUAAUAGAGGGCCAAGGCACUAAGUAUUGUGUGGCAUUUUCAAAAAGUCACAUUUUGGGCAAAAAAGGUGUGUGGUAUAUCUCUUGAGACUGUACAUUAUAUGUAGAUUUAGCAUGCAGUGUACAACACUUUUGUUUUGUGGAAUACUAACACUAGAUUCACAAAAAAAUGGAAUACUGUUUAAUUACACAGAAUCUUAGAAACUUCCAGAACUUGUUGCCUAAAAACAUAGCAAGUACUGCAAAGAACAGCAGAAUAAAACUUGACAGAAGACAUCUGCUAUAUUUGAAGAAUACAAAUGUAUCUGCUGGACUAAACAUCCCUUUACAUCCUGAACUUGCCGUAAAACAGGCAUAUGAAGAUGGGACUUAACAUCGAUCAAGGUACAUUUAAGCAUAAUAUUUUAGCUGGUUUUUAAACCAGGAUUUUUUUUAAUGAAACAGGGUUGUCGCUAAGAUUUCAAGUUGCCGGGUAUUUGUUGUUAGUAGCCGGGGAAGUCGCUAGCAGUCAUGGAGCCCCCCGCUCCCAAAGAAGUUUUUGAAGUGCAACUUCUACCUUUUUCAAAAAGGCAUUACUGCCCAAAAAAAGCCAUCUUCAUCAAGAGCAGAGCUAUCAUUGGCGGUUUUUUGAUGAUCACGUCUUUAUUAAAGAAAACUACAACAUUCUGAGACACUAGAAUAUUAAGUUUUUAUUUUACGUAAAGGCUCGUUGGGGGUUUUUUUUAGUGGCCGCCAAAUGGGAGUACAUGUAAGCUCUGGGUCUGAAAAAGAACGAAACAACUUACGGAAAUCAAAGGUAAAACUAAUAUUAUUACAGAUGAAUUAACCCACGGAGGAGCGGAAAGACGACAAGCGGUCGAUGAAUGUACGCAAAAGCAUCACAAACAUGAGGCUAAUAUGGUUUGUUGGAAAAUAAAAGUAUGAUAAGGCUAAAACAAGCAUAACGUAUGAAAAAUCGCCGGAUAAAAUAUGGCAAAACUAAACUGCACAACUGGUAACAUUAGUGGUCUCGAAUUUAGGAACGAAACAUCACUUAAAAAUAUUUGUUAUCAUUGUACACACAUGUGUCUGUAGGCGCUCUGUUGAUAAUAAAGCACUUAUCCUAUCCACUUAACAUACGAAGAAACUGACCUGUGGAAAAGUAUUUAAAAGACAGGGCUAAUACUUUAUAAACGUCGCUGAGAUGUCGAAACGAGACUUCUCUUUUAUAUAUAACUUCUUGAAAGUAGAACUGAGAGGAUGUGACCUGCCGACAAUGAUCGAACAUUUCCCAUUGACCAUGCAUUAUUUUAUAUACUCGAUACCAAAAGGUUAAUGUAGAUCUGGUCACUGACUAAUGACAGUUUAUUAAACAUAGCAAUCAGUCAGUCUUCAUCUUCAAAGCCUUCGUCAUAAUCCUCAUCAUCAUCAACAUCAGCAUCAGGGAAAUUUAACGCUUGGAUGAAGCCUCAACUUCUUCUGCGAUGUCAACAGAGAUCUACUCAGAUCUUUCAUCGUGAACAAAGAGUGCAGAUUCCUUUUCCGCUUCUUCGACAUGUUCAAAAACAAAGCCGACACAAUGGCUGAAAGUGACAUUUCGCGAACGGAGAGUUCUCGCGCAUGUGUACUAGUACCAAAUCUAAGUAAGAUGUCUUUCUUCGACAUUUCUUAGUUUUCGCCCGCGAGUUUUCCAAAAUCACUUAAACCUGCUGAAGAUGAAACUUGCAUUAAUUUAAUAUGAUGCAUAGUUUUUGUGUGUUUCAAAGGUGUGCUAUAAUUCAAUGCUUAUGUCCUUUUUAAAGUAGAAUUUUCAGGAGCUCUUUUGGUUUAAUUUAACGACAAAAGUAGCUGGGGACCAUGCUCUGAGUAGCCGGGGGAAAUCCCCGGCCCCCGGCCCUUAGUGACAACCCUGUGAAAAAUGAAACAAUAUUAUUGGAUUUGGCUUUUACCUGAUGUGAAAAAUUAUGCAGAUCUUGGAGUGUGUUAUUCACCUCUGCCAAAACAUCCUUCCUCUGAUCUCCAUAAUUCAUACUCAGCCUUGUCCAAUACCUGUUAAUUAUCAUUAUCGUUAUCCUGUCAUUAUCAAUAUCAGCUCUCAUUAAGAGGCAGGGGCUGGCAGGGUGCAAGGAAAAUAAUAUUGUUUUUACAGCUUGCCAUUCAGGCAAACUGAAGCUAGCAUUUACUAGCCCAGACAUCAUUUCAACUAGCCCCAAAAACUUUUUGACUUACCAGAAUUGAUUUCACAGUUCUACUGUUAUUCAAAUUCCUCGAAAAACAUCACUUGCCCACCGGGCAAGUUAAAAACAGAAUUCACUAGCCCGAUAGCAAAAUCCAGUAGCCCCGGGCUAUCGGAGACUACUUUCUCUGCACGCUGGGCUGGGGAUUUCCCCCAGCUACUAUGAAUGUGACCCCCAGCUACUUUCAAAGGCAAAUAGAAGAACAAUUGCCCCUACCAAGGAACUGAAAAUAUUAGUGAUAACCGUACUGUAUCAUAAUAAAAUACCGCAGUUUAACCUUUCCUUUGGGCUUCACUAUUCAAGGGACACCUCCAUUCAGGGAAAACAAAAUUUGGUCCCAAAAAAAUGUUCACAUGAUCUUUGUAUUUGUUACCUGUAUUUAAGGAAAACCUCUAUAAUUUCAGGGAUAAGGGACACUUUAUGUGCCCCGAAACCCUGGUUUAUUACCCCCAUUAAGGGGACACCUUAAGCACUCAAAAUGUGACUGAACACAAAAAAUGGUUGAUAAGCCUAAGUGUACAUUUGCUAGUGACUCAGAAUGAUGACAGAUUUCACAACAUGAACUAUAUCACUUUACAUCAGUGUACUGCAGUUGUAGGAAUAGUAAACUUGCAAUAUUGUAGAGGCAAAUUUAUCAAAAUUUUUUUUAUACAUCUAGCUGCCUUAAGUAAUGAUGACAAGCAGAUUUCGAGGCAGUAUACAAAAAUAGUGUAUUUGUUCGUUACCUGUAUCAUGUAUUAUUAACAGAUCCCAGCCCAACCUCUAUUCGGGGGACAAUUACUUUGGUCCCAAGGGUGUCCUCUGAAUAGAAGUUUUAUGAAGUUUAUAAAUAAAUAUUUAUUUAACACAGUUAACAACAAGGAGCACUGGCAAUUUCAGUGAUCAGUCAUUUGGCUCAAGUGCGGUUGGCCUUGCUUGCAUCACCUCCAUGUGCUCAGUACAGCAUUUUCCUGCUGGCCAUUCUCUUUGUUUAGCCUUUGGAUCAUUCUUUUACUCCCAUCCCUCUCCCCCUUUAUUCUUCCACUGUUAAUCAGUGUAACAGGUGCCUGGUUCCAUUGGCAUGGGGGCUCAUCGCUGGAGGGCACGGCUUUGCCAACCAUGGGGGCAUAACUCUGUCUAGGGGCUGGCUGUGCCAAAGGUGGAACCCCCUGGACAUCCUGGACACCCACCUCCACUAAGCGACACAGUUGUUUAACUGUAUUAUUGUUGUAAUUUUUAUUAACAUUUCCUGUGGAUUAUGAGAUCUGUGAUUUGAUUUGUACAAUGUAUAAUGCAAAAAUAGUUGUUUCUUUUUUGUUUUAGCUUGUUAAGCGUGCAUGCAGUUACACUGUAUUUGUCAUGUUUGUUACCUGCAUUAAAGCUAAAGUUUUUUCCCCCCAUUAAAUGGAUUAGUCUCAUAGCACAUGCAUUAAUCUCAUAGUGCAUUGAGGAAACACAAUAAAAAAUUAUGUCUGGUAUAAGUGACUUACAUGUAUGCUGCACAAUGUACUUUUUCAAGAGUGGCGCCUAACACAUCGUUUUUAACCAAUAAUAUUACUGUUGUAGUUUUAAUUGUUACAUGUACCUUUUUAGUGUGGAUAUGAAGGAUGCAACCAGUCUUUUAAGAAGAGCAGUCAGUUGAAAAAACAUACCUGUCUCCACACAAAUGAAAGUCUAUUUACGUAAGUAACAUUAAUAAAAAAGUUCUCUAGUAAAUGGGAUGGUAACGUGAUUAUGUUCUUUGAUAAGUGCUGAACGUUUGCUUUCACUCGGUCCAUUCUUGGGUUAAUGGCACUUCAGAGUUAGAAACAGGACUCAAGUUAAGUAGAAACAAGCUCUAGCCAUUGCUGUAGCUCAUGCCUGGAUCAUCAAAGACUCGAGGCGAUCUCAUUCAAAGACGACUGACUCGACUUGUAAAGACUCAAUCAUAGACCAUUCAUGAUUCUUCUGGCAGCUGUCUUUCUGAGCACCAUGGUGUGAGUUGCUCUCUUAGUUCCUUGAUGUUUUCUCCAAGUACAUCCACCAGACAGUCAGUCAUUUUCUUGAACGUGAAUAAUUUAUAUAAAUUUUAGGAAACAUUGAAAGAGGAAUUGAGUAUUAAGCUAGGUUAAAUCCAGUUACAGUUGACUCUCUCGUAAUGGACACCUCUAUAAAAUGGACACUUGCCUUUCUUUACUCCCUUUAUUUGACUCGCUGUAAGACGGACAUCUCUGUACGGUGGACACUUUGCACCAGUUCCAAAGGUGUCUGUCUUAGACAGAGUUGACUGUAAUUUUAACCUAAAUUUCACUUUGAACCAUGACAGUCUUCUUUGGGGUUUUAUGCUCUUCCUUUUCUGUUCUAUUCCUACAUCUAAGGCAUGCGAUUUCUCUAUGAUGUUGACCUCUGUACAUGUUCCCUCUUGUCAGUAAAUAUGAGAUAUGUCUGUUCGUCCUUCUGUCCUUUCAUCCAUUCAUCCACUAUUCAUCCUUCCCUCUUUUUAUUUCUUUCUGUAUUUUUUUAUUCCUAAGAUACUGAAUGGAGGUCAAAUUGUAAUGCAAAGUUAAUACUUGUAAAAUGUUGGUCUUGUUUUUCACAAUGCUUAGGUGCCAAGUAGAAGGAUGCAACCGUGGUUUUGAUUCAGCUCCGAGGCUGCGACGGCAUAUGAAAAUACACAACAAGGGUGAGUGUGAUCAGAUUGUCUGGCUGUUUUACAUUGUACCUCAUACUUACCUUUGAAAGGCAAUGUCCUUUUCUUUCACAUCAUUUCACGAUGUUUAGUGGUAGACUUUAGCUUAACCUACUUUGGAAGGAAAAACAGGCAGACAGAAUGACACAACAACAGGAUAUUCUGUCCAUUCUCGCUCAUUCGAUUUCUGAUACAUCAACAACUUCUAUGUAAAUACCUUACACGCAUACUCCCUAUGAAGUAUUCGAUAUGUAAUCCCCAUUUACCGGUUGGAAAGAAGGUCAGUUUUACAGCCUGCCAUUCGGGCAAGCUGUAGCUAACAUGCACUAGCCUACAAGUCAUUUCAACUAGCCCCAAAACCCUUUUUGAUUGGCAGGAUUGAUUGCAAUCAUUCUGUAAUUUGAAUUUCCCCAAGAAACAGCACUUUUCUUAGGCUUAGACAGUUCUUUUUUUAAGAACAAAAAUCACUAGCCCAGUAGCAAAAUCCGUUAGCCCUGGGCUAUUGGACAUGACUUUCUUUGCACGCUGAUGUACAUUAAAUACUGAAUGUUUUUCUUUUAUUCUGUCCAGGAUAUGUGUGCAGUGUACCUGGAUGCGCUGAAACCUUUGACAAAUUUUCUAAACUUGCAAUACAUGUGAGAAGUCAUGGUAUGAAAUUUUCUAGUCUUUUGCUCAUCAACUCUCCCAUCUCGCACUCUUCCCCAUCCCUCACCCUGCUAAUUUCCCACUAACUUUAUUUUAUUACCCCCACGUCCUGUAUCCCUGUCACACGAAAAUUCCUAAAGGUGCAAAAUGAUCAACAGCAUGCAUCUCGUAGGAGGUAAAGAUCGAUUAAUCGACCUGGAGAUGAUUUUAAGAAAUAGCCAGUACAGUAUCUUGAUUAUGACGUCGAAAUAAUAUGAAAUAUAACCUGACAUAAUUCAAGAGAUUACUUGAGCCCUUCUCUUCAUAGAUUUCUGGGAAUCCAUUCCAUGAGGCCUUUUUUUUUCAUGAAGAAAGUGAAUGUCCAAUAAUAUUAAUUAAAGUUUCUUAAAUUUUACAGGUUUUGUUUGUGAGGUUUGUAAAAAAACCUUUUCACGCACCUGGGAGGUAUGUAUAGUCUAGUUAGAGUUUCCUGACUUGUUAAAUAAUAUUAUAAUCGCCGUUGAAAUUGCUGUUACUGGGAGGACUAGAUUCAAUCACCCUAGAUGCAAUUCCUUGCUGAGGAACGUUUAGUCUGCUGCACAGCCGUUUUUAGUGUCAUCACUCAACGCUGCUUCCCAGGAGCGUUGCGUGACGACACUAAAAACGACUAGACUAGGGAACGUUUCGUAAUGUUGGAAAAAAUACUCAGUGUAUGAAUUUUAAAAAGUCAACAGUAAUCAAGCUUUUCAAAACGAAAACGAACUUGAAGAUUUUUUCUACUUUUGCGUUUUGCAAAAAGGAACUAAUUGAUGAAACCUUGCGUGUAGAACACAGUUAUGUAUGCAGUAUAUUCGCAGAAUGAGGGAACGAAACCAUCCUCUUCAUCUUCUUCUCUCAACACGCGUGUAUAUAGAUUAUAGAAUAUCUCUCUCUUCCCAUUGUAAUAUAACUCGUUCUGAAUUCAGUAAAUUACUGCAGGAGAUUUGUAAUAAACUAUUACACUAUUACAUGUUCUACAAUUACAAUACUCGUCAUUGAUUUGACUUGCAGUUGAAAAGGCACGUCCGUCUCCACAGCUCUGAUAGAAAGAUGUACGAGUGUCCAAGGGAAGGAUGUUCUAGGGUCUACACCAAAGUAAGUUAAAAAACGACACGUUCAAUAACUUGCGUUGUGCCCCCAUGUUUUUGUUUUUGUUUUACUUGCUGCUGCUGCUGCUGCUGCUGCUGUUGUUUUUGUUGUUUUAAGUCCCCUUUUAUAUGGAGAAAAGGUGUUCCGAGAAAGAGGGUCACCCUCCCAGCCGAGUCAACUUAAGCGAGCGUUUACAGUUAUUUCGAGAAAGGUUGUCGGAAAAAGCGCACGUGACAAUCCCGAAAGGUAAUUGUGGGUGGUUUUAAGUUCACGGUUCUUCAAAGAAAUUUGCAAGAAUGGCACGAGAGACCAUGGACUUACGUUUGCGUUUGCUAAAGGAAAGCAACAGAAGUAAGUUCGACAGCUACAGUGUCAGGAACAUUGUAUUGAUCAUAUCCCAUAUUGCCUUUCGGGAUUGUCGCGUGCACAUUUUUUUCCGACAACCUCUCUCGAAAUAACUGUAUAAUUGAAAACAGUUAACCCCUUUAUCCGAGCCAAAAAGCUGAGAACAGCGCAAACGCAUGCUGUGAUUGUCUCACCUUGACCGCGUUGACCCGGCUGGGCCCUAUAAGCCGAGCCAACUUUUUGUAUCUGAUGUAAACGGUUGGCCAUUUUUUGAAAGGAAUUGUAGGAAAGGUUGGCUCCACCAGGUUCAAUAGCACGAGUAGUUGAGAGACCCUUCUAUCAGGGACAAGUUUUCUCCAUAUAAACGGGUCGUAAUUGGUAUUUUGCAGACAAAAGGCUUUAGAGAGCACACGGGACGUAGUUGUACAGUUUGUCGUACAUCUGAACUCGGUCGAACCUCACCGCAACAGUUACCUCUCCACAAUGGUCAACAUUUUACUUCUUACGCUUGUGUUCAGGGUCAAUGGAGGUUUCUUGGUACCCCUCCUUUAAGUCAACAUUAGCACUUGAUUGUCACUUGGGGCAAAAUUGUGGCUUAGGGGAGGGGUAGGUGGUCGGUUACCCAGAAACCUCAACUGAUCCGGUCUUUAUUAGGCAGACUUAUGUACUGAUGGUAUCACAAAUUGUUUCUUUCCCAGGCAUUUAAUCUCAGAGUUCAUAUCAAAGCUUACCACGAGGGGAAUAAACCCUAUCUUUGCACAGUGGAGGGUUGUGACAAAGGAUUCGCUCACAAGGUGCAGUAUACUAGAGUCAGCUAAGUGUUUUCCUGUAGUCAUCAUUGCUUUUGAUAUGGAGCUUAAGCGACCACGGCCACGGCUACGGCCACGGCCACGGCCACGGCCACGGCUGCGAAAACGUCACGUAGAAAAGUGAAUUCGCGCUGUUUCAAACUUGAUCGCUUUUUUUCUGUCUCAGUUAAAAGUUGCCGAGUUUUUGGGGAGAUGAAUGCGAAAGGACUACAUCUAAGUUCAGGGAAAAAGAAAAAGAGAGGAAAUUAUUGUCUUGUUUUCACUUCCUACAUAAAAUAUGGAAUUAGGGAAUUUCACGAUUUUAGACGUGCAAAGACGGCAAAGAAAUGGGCAAAAAAAGUUUGCUGCUCGUGCAGAGUUGUUGUUUUACUAGCCUGAAUCUAUUGAUGUUUUGCCGUUCUCGUUGCGGCCUUGGUCGUUGCUUAAUCUCCUCCCGCUUGGUCGCCGCUUAACGUGAACUGGACGCUCAGGAGAUACGGGCACAAGACACUGGACGGUAUUGCAGUGUUUUAUGCCCUUAUACGUUCAACGUAGACUAAUAGACCUCUCCCGCAUUCCUGUGAACAAAGGCACCAACUCGAGGCUUGGGUGCUGUGGGUGGAUAAAAUACAGUGGAACCCCGUUAGUACCGUAGUCACCAAUGGGCCAAAAAAAUGUGGCCGUAUUACCGGGGCAGUGUCAAAUUUCAUGACUUCUUGAACAACAACCGGAAUGUAGAUAUCGCGUACAGUAAUUGUAAAAGCUACUUGUAAUGUUCCUUCAGUACAUAAUAGACUGUUAAAAAUCGGCUAUUGAACAGCCACAAAUGCAUUUUGAGUGUACUGUGGUCUAAAAACGAUACAAGAACCAGCCCAGCUAACUAGGUCAAGGAUAUAGACAUGUCACAGACAUCUUAAUUUUCUACAUUUCUAACGAGUGGCCGUAUUAACGGGGUGAUAUUAUAGAUGAUGCUACUGUUUGGGAUUUUAAAAUGUGGUCGUUGGCCUUAUUAACAGGUGACGGAAUUAACGGGGUUUUUUUUGUAAGGAAAUGUAUGGCCGUUUUGCCGAGCCAAAAAAGUGGCCGUAAUAACGAGGUGACCGUAUACCGAGGUGGCCGUAAGACGGGGUUCCACUGUACAAUAGAAAGCUUUAGAUUCUAAGACGAGAACGACUACGAGUACGAGAUGUUCUCAAAUGUAAGUAGUGCUCGUGCGUGAGGCAGCGUCAUUUUGGCCGGAAACCUUGGUAGCCGUCAUCAAUCUACUAGGAGUUUUAGCGGGAGUGUCGUAGUGGCGGGAACAAGUUAUCAAAUGUUAGAAGUUUUAGCAUUAGCAAUUGGGAGAGGUCUUAACCUCCUUCAAUAACGAUAACAAUGCUAACUUUUCUGGCGAAAAAAAGUACAAUGAACAAUUCCGGGGUGUCUAUUUUUUGACAAUACGCGAAAAACUUUAAAUCAAAUCUCGUACUCGUAGUCGUUGUCGUCCUCCAAUCUAAAGGUCUCCAGUGAUUUGUAUGAAUGUCCUUCCAAGCCACGACCUCAUAAUUGGGCUGCCUGUGGCAAAGCCUAAUGAAAAAUCUGAGAAGCGUAUAUGUCGAAAAACGACAAAGUGGUGGAUGCGUAACCCGGAAGGCGUCGCGUGCCCUGUCCCCCCCUGCGAUGGGGACGAUCAUUUUACUUAAAGGGGGGGUAUUCAUUUCAGUUAUUAACAAACAAACUUGCAUGCAGUUAAAAUAGUCACUGAUUCAGGACUUAUUUAUCCUAGACGAUCACAUACCCUGUAACUUCAAAUAAGAAUAUGUCCUUAUCCCUGAGUAGCUAUGCACUCAAGCUGGAAAGAGUGUAAUUAUCAUCACUCUCUGCAAACUGCUAGGCUAUCGCGCAGCCGGCAGCCCAAUGUACCCUCAUUAUGAGGGUCUUGUUUCUUUAUGUCUGCUCACUGGAGCGGAAUGCCGGAAAAGACUAUUCGAAUAUGUUUACGACUCCUAAGUACACCGUAUAUGACCGUUUCAUAAACAACCUACACAACUGUACAUGUCUGUACAGACACGAGGAAACAUACUUGUGAACUGUAAGUACCUAGACGUAAUCAAUAAUGCCGACUUAAGAAAAGGAGAACUGACUCGUCCCUAGUUUUAAUCAUCGUUGAUUUCCUUCCCGUCAUCCCCUUCGUUAAAGAGCCCGUUCUAGUCUUGCACGCCAAAUACUAAUAAUGAGAGACGAUUGGGGACGAGUCAGGUGCUUGCAUUCCCGUGACGAACCGGGACGACCUAAUUGCAAGCACUAGGAAUGCAAUACAUGUACAUUAAUUUUGUACCUCUACUAAAAGUCAAAUCUUGUUCCACAGGUUUCUCUCAAACAGCACAUGAUUCUCCAUUCUCAAAACAAAAUUAAUCUUAAAGCACCUUCACCGGGACAAUCAGCACAAAAGGUACAUUAGCAAUUUUUAUAAUAAUGGUUUGUCAUUAUAAUUACAUAUUUCGUGUAUUUGAACCUAUGCUCAUGUAGUUUAUCGUUGUUAGUUACCUUCUUUGUUUUAAGGCCUGUAUAUUUGCUUACUUGUACUUUUGUUUCUCCGUCAGUGUAGUUCUUUUCCAUGAUAUUUAGUGUAGAAAUGACAAGUGCUGAAAAUGCAAAUAGUUGUUUGAUCUCGCCUUUUCAACACUACCAUUUGGAACUACUACGCAAACCACGUGAAUGUCCGGCUGCAUGGGCAACAGAAAAAGUCAUUUACUGUAACAGAUGCAUGCACAAUACUUACAACGGUUAGACCUUCUAGUCUUCUCGGAUAAGAACGAAAAACCGUAGGUCUGGUCUCACAGCACUUUCUUUUAUCUGGUUCUUGUAGGACGUGAAAGAACCCACACCACUGUUCGAAAAGAGUAGGGGACGUAGACUCCGGCGGUGUGGCCAACGUAUCCUGGGAUGGGUGGGUUAUCUGUAAGGACACACUUAAAUUGGACUUCCGGUCUGUUGUGUGUUCCGCACCAUUUAGUGGAAGUGAUUAAAUAAAUAAAUAAAUACACAAAUAGUAGUAUAUUAGAAAGUAUAUUAGUUAUGAUAUCUUAGUUAUCGUGGUUUUUGUAAUAUAGGACUGCACCUUAUGGUUAUCGAUUGUCUCACUGUAGUAACUUGGGUGUACUGUUCUUAUUUCCCUAGAAAAAAUCAAAAAAGAAAAGAAGACCCGUUUCACUGGCCAAAAAACUAAGUGGAUAUCGUUCGUCUUCGCUUUCUGAAAGUUCAGACACUCACACCUCGGAAGCAGGGUCAAGGAGGAGAAAGUCGUCACGCCUUGCUCAGAACAAGACUGGUAUCAACACUGUGAAUGCAAAUAAUGUCCACGACCGUACUGCUUCUAAGGGCAACACUACCAGUUCAAGAAACAUUGAAGAAUCUACGACUUCCUUGCCCUCAAUUAACGCUGCAAACUCGCAUGAAGGUCCAAUAACGACUGCAGUGAAUAUGGACCUGCCUGAGGAGGUUCAAGUUGAUUCUUCCCCAGUCCCCUCCGGCUCAGUACGUUUAAGUGACGCCCCAGCAGUGGAUAAACAACACAGCACUUCUUCAGACCUGUCCUCGAACAUGGUGCCAGAAGUAUUAACUGAUGAAAUGGAGGAGAGCCAUUCGGUAGCUCCUUUGUCAAAAUGGGCGCCUGCAAAUAUGGGUACUGAGACUGUUACCAACAGUAAUUCUUCUCAAAGGGUAUCUGUUGAGAAUACCCCAACUGCAAAUGAUGACGUUAUCUGUACAUUUUCUUCGUCAGAUGAAGAAGGAAUGGACUGGGAGCCAGCAGGCUGUAAUGCCCUUACCGAAGUUGAUUCCGAAAAUGAAACUGAAAGAAUGGAAAACCACGCAGUCAACUCGCACAAUUGUUUAGCGAAUGAGCUCGACUCUGAUGAUGGCCGCUUGGUAAUCGACUGUGAUGCCCUUGCUGAAGUUGAUUCCGAAAAUGAAAUUGAAAAAAUGGAAAAGGAUGCAACCUGUUCUCAGAAUUCAGCAAGUGAGCUUGAAUCCGAUGAUGGCCGCUUGGUAAUCGACUUCGGUGGCAGUUCAAGCAAUGCCGUUAGCCAAUUGCCCUCGAUGCUUUCUUCAGUAAACUCGACAGAAAGUAAUAAAGUGAUUGGCUCUUCCCAGCGCAACAGAGACGCCGCGUCUGUAACGCAGGUUUCGAGUUUAGUGAAUAAAGCGGAUAUCAGCGCAAAGAAGAAGCAUAAAUCCAAGAAGAGAAAACGUAAGGAGAAGAAGAAAUCCCGCCGUGAUGAAAGCAAGGCAGAAUGUGAGUUCACUGAUUUCCCGGGUUUGGACGAUGUAUUGCAAGUAAUAAUCGAAGAAGAGAGUCAAAUAUGUGAUCAAACUGAAACACGUUCAGAAAGUGAUCCCUUACAUUUGGAACACGAUGAUAGUGCCAAUAGUCCAGCUGCACACUCUUAUUGCAGUGCACAAAUGAAUUCUAGAGACCGUUCGAUAAGAACCGAGGAGCGCGUGACAAGUUUAGAUGAAGAAGAGACGAAUGUGGAAAAUCACACACUUAGGCGCCCUUAUCAAGAAGAAACCACUGAAGAGAUACACAAUGGUCUCCACCAGGCACGCAUUGUAAGCAACAUUCCAAGUAGUACUACGUCAGAGGAAGGUAGUUUACCUAUCGAACAAGACUUUGUGGAGUAUGACAGCGUUGUAGAUUUGGGAAAUGACGACGAUAUUAGUAGUGAUGAAAAUGUAAUGAAUAUCUCACAGCAGACUAUUUGCCCGCAUGUUGAUGGCUCAACCAUUGCACAAGUUGCACGUGACAAUGAAACUGGGCAAGUAGGCUGUUCCCGUGGCUCGACCCCUCAAUCGCGUGAAUUAAUGGGAAAUUCGCCACGCGCUUCACGUGAUCAUGGUGAAGUAUCACGUGAUAAGGAUGCAGCCUCGCCUGCUUCACAAUCUUUAGAAGAAACCACUGAAAACAAAGGAAGGGAAGAUAAAAAUUCAAAUAAUGCGGAAGUAACAAGGCCACGUCCGCAAUGCCCUAAUAAGAGAACGAUUCAAAAGAAUGAAAGAAACAUUGGAUCCAAAACUUCGAAUAAUCGAUCGUCACUUAUUCCUGCAAAACAUACUGCAACGAACGCAGCGAAGAGCAAUAACUCUGAAGUAGAAGACAUCAAUGUAGGGUUGAACAACUCAGAAACAGUCUCGAAUAAGACAUCUGAGAAGAAUGUCGAGCACGAAAACUCUCAGAGUGAGUUUUCCGUGCCCAAAUUUCGCAGCAGAGCCAACAUCUUUACAUGUGACUUGCAGACUCUGGAGUUGCUCUGGAAUUUUAAAGGAAAGUAG